UCGAUUAUCCUCCAUUCACCACUUCACUUCAGAAGUUCGGAUAGGAGGGAAGAGAGAGAGAGAGAGAGAGAGAGAGAGAGAGAGAGGAAUAGGACAGAGAAGGGGAAGUGACCAGGAAACAAGGGGAGAAGGAAAGACGCGCGUCAAGCGGGAAAUAAAUCCAGCCUCCUCGCCUCUCCAUCUCUAACCAGGGGUUCCUCUUUGCCGUCUAUAACAUGAGAACCGUGCCCGGUAGAAUUCACGAGUCUUCGUCUUGGCCGAAGACGGUGGUGAGGAAAUGGUUCAACCUAAAGAGCGGGGAGUUCCAUUCCGACUGCAACAGGGAGAUAUUGGGAAGAGGGAGACAGGAAAGAAGAAGGAAGAGCUGUUCGGACAAGGACGACAGCCUUCGUAUGAGAAGGAAUCCGUCAGGUACGUGGUUGGUGGAGAGCUCCGAAAACCUUGAACCGCCCCGAUUCAGAACCGUCAAGCCAGCAAGCCCUUUCUCUCCUGAUACAAACCUCAGGAUGUUCGUGGGGACGUGGAACGUGGGAGGGAGAGCGCCCCACGGGGGUCUAAACUUGAGAGAUUGGCUUAUGAGCACGCCUUCCGCCGCCGACAUCUACGUCCUUGGGUUCCAGGAGAUCGUCCCGUUGAACGCCGGCAACGUCUUGGGCGCGGAGGACGAGGGCCCCGCCUAUAGGUGGCUCUCCCUCAUUCGCCAAGCCAUCAACCCUCCGAAGAAGGGCCCCUCCCUCGCCCGUAAUCGCAGGACUGCCGCCGACCCCGAGCCGGCUCAGAAGCCGAGGGUCAGCUUCUCGGAUCUACUGUCCAUGGACAAGGAGGAGGAAGGAAGCGGAUACGACGAGGGCCGCGAGACGUGCAAUUACCCAAGCUCCGGCAGCGGCAAGGAAUCGCUGGAUUCUUCUCCGAGCGACUACCGCCUGGCGGCGAGCAAGCAGAUGGUGGGGAUCUUCCUGUGCGUGUGGGUCCGGGCGGGGCUCAUGCCGCACGUGUCCAGCCUCAAAGUCUCCUGCGUGGGGAGGGGAAUUAUGGGCUACUUGGGAAAUAAGGGAUCGAUUUCGAUCAGCAUGACUCUUGAGAGGACCACGUUCUGUUUCGUGUGCACGCAUCUUGCAUCUGGAGAGAAGGACGGUGAUGAGGUGCGAAGGAACUCGGAUGUCAUGGAGAUUCUCAAGAGGACUAGAUUCCCGCAAUCUAAUAGAUUUUUUGGUCCAGGUGCAGUGUCACCGGAAUCCAUCUUGGAACACGACAAGAUCGUAUGGCUCGGAGAUCUUAAUUAUCGCCUGACAACGAGCUGCAGCGAGACCCAUCGACUUUUGCAGAGGAACGAGUGGGAAGCGCUGCUAGAGAAAGAUCAACUUGGAAUUGAACAGAGAGCUGGUCGUGUAUUUGCUGGAUGGGAGGAAGGGAGAAUAUUUUUCCCUCCCACUUACAAAUAUUUAGCUGAUUCUGACAUUUAUGCCGUCAACCUCGCUAAAUCUGGAGAGAAGAGACGCACUCCGGCUUGGUGCGACCGGAUACUGUGGCGGGGGAAAGGGAUGAAGCAGAUGUGGUACGUGAGAGGGGAGUCCCGCUUCUCCGACCACAGGCCCGUCUACUCCCUCUUCUCCGUACAACUGGACCACCAUGUGGAAGCAGCCGAACAAGGGCACCGCAAAGACGGGAGGGUGUAUCGCGGCGGGAGCAACGACCAAAUCAAGGGCCCCGCAAAGACCACCAUGGCAGCCGCAGCGAAUAAUCCCGACACCAACGGCACAAUCCGUCGUCGUCGUCAUGGAGGAAGGUCGAGGCGGAGGAGCUGCUCCAGCUCCUAAGCAGGACACAAAGCUGUUUGGAAGCCUCAAGGUUCUGACCAGCGACCACCGACCGCCAACUCCACAUUCGUCACAUUCACUUUAAAAAUAUCAAAGAAAGAGAGAGAGAGAGAGAGAGGAACGGCAGAAGAGGCGGAAGCAGGAGCAGAGGAUAAGCGAAGACUGCUCCCAGAAAGCAAGGUUUAAUUUCUCUCGUCUUCUCUUCCUUGUUGGUGGGUAACAGCAGCAGCCUUUGGUUUCUUCAUGGUGGCGGUAUUUAAUUCGGUUGGUGGCGAAAGGAGCCUUCCGCGCGUGCUCGGAGUCGGAGGUCGGCGGUGUGAGAAAUCGAUGUUAAAAAUGGUUUCGGGAGUCUAAUUAUUGCACCCGCCAACGGAGGCCGGAGGGCCGUGGUGAUUGUAAAGCGAGGUGGAAGAGAAAUGAGAGGGCUUACAAAAUGGACUAAUUGGUAUUUUAGGUAGGGGAGCUGAAUGAAGAGGAGCGGCGCGUGUUCUGUUCGUAUCUUCAUUUCUUUGAUUUUUUUCUAUUUGUUUUGGCUCUGCGCCUUGUUCUACUUUGAAGAGAAUUUGGAUGGUCAGCAUCUUUUGAAAGCACCUGGCUUUUCAAUAACAGGAAAGGAUAUAAGAGACGCACUGGAUUUUUUUUUUA